AUGUUCUGCAAUGCCGCACUCUUUAUAGAAUUCACUAAUAAUAAUAAUGAUGAAGAAGAGUAUGUUUUUAGAGAUGUAUUAGGCUCUAAAUUUAAAGGUUAUAAUGGUGUUUUUCCACCAAUCAAUACUCUGAUUGAAAUUGAGUUAGGAACUAAUAUAAGACUGAAAAAUUUUCAGAUGGUAUUUGUAGAAAAAGGAUAUUUAAGUGUGAUUUGGGAAGAAUGUAUGUUGAAAAACAUUCAAAACUGA